AUGAUUUCUAGAGAUACUACUCGAACACUAGUUGGCAUUCUAGGGAACAUCACUGCACUCAUCUUGUUCUUGUCACCAGUGCCAACAUUUAUUAAAAUAUGGAAGAAGGGAUCAGUGGAACAGUACUCAGCCAUCCCUUACCUUGCAAGCUUUAUAAACUGCGGGCUUUGGGGGUUGUAUGGACUACCCAUGGUGAACGCUCAUAGCCUCCUCCUCAUAACCAUUAAUGGCUCCGGACUUGUUAUGGAGCUCGUGUACGUGGUCCUCUAUGUCACUCACACUAGUGAUCGAAACAAGAGGAUUACACUGCUACUAAUAACGCUUGCUCAGCUCCUGUUCCUGCUCCUUCUUGGCCUUCUGCUUCUCAAUCUAGUCCAUUCCAUCAAGCUUCGCUCUACCAUUGUCGGAACCAUUUGCGUGUUGGCUAACAUUUUGGUCUAUGCUUCACCAUUAUCAGUCAUGAAGUUGGUGAUUAUGACAAAAAGUGUGGAGUAUAUGCCACUUUUUCUCUCACUGGCUUCUUUCGCCAAUAGCAUUAGCUGGACUUGUUAUGCCCUCAUCCGUUUUGAUCCCUUCAUCGCUGCACCUAAUGGGCUGGGGGCGUUGUUUGGGCUGGCCCAACUGAUACUCUAUGCCACUUUCUACAAAUCCACGAAGCAACAGAAAAUGGAAAAGCAACAGAUGGGCUUCGAAGAUAGGUCCUUGUCUGGAGGCUCUGAAAAAAUAACCACGAACGGUCUGCCUCAGAGUGGGACUUGAUUUACUGGCCUUCAAAACCAUAACAUGUGCUUGGUCCUAUAAGAACUAGCUAACUUUUGUUUUUUUUAUAUUUUUAAUUUUCUUUUUCUCUUUGUUUUAUGGGACUUUUACGUAUAAGUGGUGGUAGCAAAAAUAUAUUACUAGAUCAUUGACAUAGUUUGUACAUUUACUAUUUCAUGAACUAAAGGUAGAAACUUUCUAAUUGAA